GGCCACGCAUUUUUGAUUUCCACGCGACUAGAAAUCACAAGAAGAUGUCGGGACGCGGGAAAACAGGCGGCAAGGCCAGGGCGAAAGCAAAGACUCGCUCUUCCCGGGCCGGGCUUCAGUUCCCCGUGGGCCGUGUUCACAGGCUGCUGAGGAAGGGAAACUAUGCGGUGCGAGUGGGAGCUGGAGCUCCCGUGUAUCUGGCAGCUGUGCUGGAGUAUCUGACCGCUGAGAUCCUGGAGCUGGCCGGGAACGCUGCCCGCGACAACAAGAAGUCCAGGAUCAUCCCCCGCCACCUGCAGCUGGCUGUCCGCAACGACGAGGAGCUCAACAAGCUGCUGGGCGGGGUCACCAUCGCUCAGGGCGGCGUGCUGCCCAACAUCCAGGCUGUUCUAUUGCCCAAGAAAACCGAGAAGACAAAGUAAAGACCCGGAUGUCCCCAACCACACCAACGGCUCUUCUAAGAGCCCUCACACUGUCUAUAGAGCAACGUUCUUCUCAUCAUGUGCAUAUAAUCUAACACCAUAACAUGUAUUGAUUUAAACACAUACUUUUUGACAGUAUGUUAUUUUGUCUUUCAAUUACCGCAAAGGGGGGUGUAAGGGUAGGGAUGUCCUGUUUAGGCAGCCCAGUUUAGAAUGUUCCUAUUUAUUCUUGAUCCAUAUGAUUUUGUUCACUUUACAAUUACCGGUACGAAGCCCAUUUAGACGACCCCUACUGUGAACUACAAAUAAAAUCGAAUUUGAAUUAAAUUUCACAA